AUGUCAACAUUAUCAAUUAAAAAUUUAAAUAAUUGUCAUAAUAUUGAAAAUAAUAAAUCUACUAAAAUAUUACCUUUUAAUGACAUUAUACAACACAAAACAUUUAAAUCCUCCCCAUUUUCUUUUAUCAGAAAAAAAUGUUUCCGAAAGAAAAUUAAUCCAAAUAAUUACAACGAUCUUAUUUGGUUAAGUAAACGAAUUAUUUCGAUUGCUGGCAUUAAAAAUGAUUUUCCUCAAAUUGGAAUUAUUUGUGGCUCUGGUUUAAAUAAUUUGGCUGACAGAAUGGAAAAACCAAUUAUUAUACCUUUUGAUAAAUUGCCUGGAUUUCCUUUACCUAGCGUUAUUGGACAUAAAGGAAAUGUUAUUUUUGGAUGGUUAGGAGGGAAAUAUUGUAUUUGUUUACAGGGAAGAUUUCACCCAUAUGAACAUAAUAUGGAUAUGGCUUUAUGUACAAUGCCUGUUAGAUUAAUGGCAAUGAUGGGUGUUAAAACAUUAAUAGCUUCAAAUGCUGCUGGAGGUGUCAAUUCAGAUUUAAAUAUUGGGGAUUUAAUGAUACUUAAAGAUCAUAUUUUUAUGCCUGGUCUAAUUGGAUUUUCUCCUCUUGUUGGGCUUAAUGAUCCUCGUUUUGGCAAUCGUUUUGUGUCAAUGCAAAAUGCUUAUGACCAGAAAUUGAGACAAAAAGCUUUCGUGCUAGCUAAAAAUUUUGGAAUAUCCAUUAAAGAAGGAGUUUAUUUAAUGAAUGCCGGUCCUCAUUAUGAAACAACGGCUGAAGUUUCUUUAGCUGCAAAACUCGGUGCAGAUGCUGUUGGAAUGUCCACUUGCCACGAAGUAAUGGUUGCUAGACAAUUGGGAUUGCGUUGUUUUGCUUUUUCUUUAAUUACAAAUUGUAGUAGUCUGGAUUUGGAUAAUCCAAUGGAUAUUAGUCAUUCGGAUGUUUUAGAAAUUGGAAGAAAAAUAAGUGAAAAAGCUUCGGAAUGGAUAGCACAAUUAAUUGAUAAUUUAGAUAAUGAUUUAUAA